AUGAUAGGAAAUGGGUUUAUUGCAAGAGAUAUUGGGUUUGAGAUCAAAGUAGGCCCUCGAAGAAAACAAGUUGUGGCACUAUAUAUAGCCUCAUAUCAAUCCGUUCUGUAUAGUUGUAGCAUUUUGGUAUACCAGGAUACAUUAUACGCAGUCUCCAACCGUCAAUUUUAUGGGAAAUGUAACAUAUACGGUACCAUAGACUUCAUACUUGGGAAUGCUGCUGCAGUGUUCCAGAGCUGUAACUUGUUCCUUCACCGGCUAGCUGUUGGAGCCUACAAUGUAAUCCUGGCACAUGGCCGAACCCAUCCUGUCCAAAACACAGGAUUCUCUAUUGUUAUUGUUUUGAUUGGUGGUAAGGUGGUUGUUGAGUGGUGGUGUUGUGGCGGUCAUACUUUUUGUGCAACGUUGCCAUGGGAAUCAUGGAAAGGAAAAGUCUUGGUUGCUAAAUGCAUGGUGAGUUGGUGUUGGUGCGGCGGUGAUGGUGGCGGCGGGGAUUCAGAUCUGGAUGGUGGUUGUCGUGAUGGUGGUGGUUCCCGUGAUAGUGGUGAUGUUGGUGGCAGUAGUGUUGAGUUAUUGUUAUUGUUGGUGAUGGUGGAGGUGGCCGCGUAG